AUGGAAAGUGUGGAGCCACACGUUACCGCAAGCAGUUCGAGGGGAAGUGGCUCACGUAAUGUGUGUUUCACAACGACGGCGAAAGAAAGUAUUGGAACGGAAGGAUGGCUGAUUGACAGUGGCAGUUCGAUGCACAUGACAGGAACUAUUGAACAACUCAAGGAUGUAGUACCGUGUAAGAAAGGCGUUUUCUUGGCUGAUGGGAAGAUGGUGUCGGUUAGAGCUACCGGAACCUGUGAAUUUACGAAACGAGGCGUGACAGGCGAGAAAAUCGACGUGAAGUUGAAAAACGUUUUCUAUGUGCCCGGACUUGCAGCGAACGUGAUCUCGGUGAGCCGCAUGGUUGAUGCGGGAUACGACAUUUCUUUCGGACAUGAACGUUGCACGAUUCUGGAUGGAGUUCAAGCUGUUUUUGUUGGCGAACGACGAGGAGAAGGAUACUGGAUUCAGGAGGAGCUAUAA